UCUCCUCCUCCAGUCGUCGCAAGCGCUAUCCGGACAGGGGCGGGAGCUCGUGAAAGAGAGAGAGGCGAGGGAGCGGAGCAUCGACGAGAUGCAGAUCUUCGUGAAGACGCUGACGGGGAAGACCAUCACCCUAGAGGUGGAGAGCAGCGACACCGUCGACAACGUCAAGGCCAAGAUCCAGGACAAGGAAGGCAUCCCUCCGGACCAGCAGCGCCUCAUCUUCGCGGGGAAGCAGCUGGACGAUGGCCGCACCCUGGCCGACUACAACAUCCAGAAGGAGUCCACGCUGCACCUUGUGCUUCGCCUCCGCGGGGGCACCAGGAUCGAGCCCAGCCUCAAGGAACUCGCUCAGAAGUACAACCAGAAGAAACUGAUCUGCCGCAAGUGCUAUUCACGCCUGCCGCUCAGGGCUACGAAUUGCCGCAAGAAGAAAUGUGGCCACAGCAACCAGCUACGGCUAAAGUCGAAAAGGCGUUGGUUCUGUUGAAGAGCCACACAUCAGUUGAAUCAGUUAUCUACUUGUCUCAGCUUAUCAAGACUGUCAGAAAUUUUAAAUGUCUUGGUGUAAUGUUCCUGUUGGAUGUGGAGCAUUGUCUCUUUUGAACAGUUUGGUUAUGUUUCGCUGCAUGCUUAGGACAUGUGAUGAUUGUAA